CUCGCUCAACCCGCAUUGGGCAGCACGUUCGAAACCAGGGAGCGUCCACGUCCAAUCAUUUCGAUCCGCGGGGCCAGACGCCAAUGGCGGUUGCGGCCAACGCUGUCUCGCCCAAGUAGUCGCGACGCAAUUGGAUAUCUGCUCGGAGCCCAACCAAACGACAGACCAUCAAACACUGUCUAUCGCCUUUACAAGUGAUGAACGCGCGUCUCGAGAAGCUCCCAAUUGUGUCAAGAUAACGCGUGAGACGUGGAAACUGUGGAGGCACGAUAUAUACCCUCCGUGAGUCUGGCUGCUAAAGGCAGACAGACGCGCCGACCCCUCCGACCCGACGACUAGCUAGCUCCCGUCGCUCCCGCCCGCAUUCCACAUGGUUCCGCCAGACUACUUGCUCUGGCCGCUCGAAACCGAGGUGCUCGGGAAGAAGGAGAAAGAGAAGCCCGCUACGGAUAUAUUACCGGCUACCUACCACUACCAUGAGGCCGCCGGAAGGCGCGCGGUCGGUAACCCGGCGAAGGACAUACCGACCUUUUUACGGAGGGAGCUUUCUCUCGGAGACCUAGCUGAUAUGAUGCAACACCUAUGGUUUGCCGGCGCAAAGCGUCCCGCCAUGCCGCUGCACUCUCAUGUCGCCAUAGGUCGGGAGAUCACUAUCACCGACCGGAUGGAUCUGCACCUCCUCUGGGAUAACAAGGGGAAGCUCUUGAUUAAGCCCGUCCCACGCUUUCUCCUCGAUCCAGCUUUUUGCAGCACCAACCUACAAUGCCCGGAUGCCUGCGCCUGCCACGACCCUCCGGCGGAUACGUGCCGGGGAAUCCCACGGAGAGUCGCCCUCGGCUUUCUCUACACGUACGCCUGUCUCGUAUCGUCGGAGAGCGACUUCUAUAUCGCCAACGAAAAGCACCUCUUUCCUUACAGGGAAGACGACAAGCCACUAGAAUGGGCAGACUGGAAGAUCCUGGCCAGAGAGCUCCUCCGAAUGUAUGAGCGCGAACUAGAUGUUGUCCACCCUCGCUUCCUGCGUGCCGAGCUCCGUCUCUCCCGUAUCAAUAUCAUCCACCGCUUAACCAGCCUCCCACUGUUCAACCCCUACCUCCGCGGUCGGCACAACUACGGUAGCUUCUUCCGCGAUAACCUCACCUGGAUAACUACUGCCACCGUCUUCAUCGCCCUGGUGCUGACCGCGAUGCAGGUCGGUCUCGCCACGGAACGGCUUAGGGAAAAUGCCGCCUUCCAGCAGGUUUCGUACGGCUUUACCGUCUUCGCUAUCUUAGGUCCUUUGUGCGCGUUCGGCUUGGUGGUCCUAGACGCGCUAUUCCAUCUCGUCAAGGACCUGCCGUUGCUUCUCAGAGGACGGCGCAGCCGCACGGCGCCCAACCGCACUAUAUCUGGUGCUGAGCCGGAGGCUUUCGCCUAGACUAGAUAUUCUAGCCCGGGUACCAGUUGAUGGCGCUGCUUCUUGACUAGCGAGGUAAUGUCACAACCCACAGUUCUGCGGGGCUCGGGACGGUGAGUGACUAAUCAGAGGAUCAAAACAACGGACUAAUGAGGAAUGGAUCAUUAGAUUAUAGAGAUAAUCCAACGAUCCAGGAAAUGGAUUAUGGGAUUAUUGCAAUGAUCCAGCGAUUUGGAUAUAGGAUUAUGGAGGCUUGGCAAUGAUCCGAGAAGACUAAGGUCCAUAUAUACGGAGGAACUAGAUAGCUUGUAGAUAGUUCCGCAGUAUGCAAUCACAGCUUGUAUUCACG